AUGGCUGUCUCUGCCGCCCAUGCUGCGGAUACCGAGUAUCUUGUCCGCAAGUCAAUGACCACUGGAUAUCAGAUUCUGUCCCUGAUUACCCCGCCCGCCUAUAUUAUCUUUUCUAUGUCGAGGUAUGGUUGGCGCGGCUUUUCUGUGAACCGUCUCCUUCGCGCGACAUGGCUCGGUGGCGUCGGAGGUACCAUGGUUGGUGGUGGCCUUGGGUAUGCUCGUUACCGUUUUUCAAAUGAAGAAAUCGCCAGAAAACAUAGAUUGGAAUCUACAUAUGAUACCAAUCGUAUCAGAGCAGAGGACCACAGCGUCAUAGGCUCGAUCUUACUUGCUGUGCUCACUCCGGCUAUUUUGUGGAGACGCGCUAAUAUCGUGAAUCUCGUCUUGGGUGGCGCCGGAAUAGGCAGCAGCAUAGGGUUGAUAACUCACUAUGCUCGGUCGCUUGCAGGAGACCCACCGCCCAAAGUAAUAGUCCCGGUCAUCAUCAACACAUGAGCACAUCCUGAGCAGUCUUUGGCAUGGUUCUAAUGCUCAACAAGACCUAUUAAUUGUACUGUAUCCCUUACCUCGGUGUGUAUUUCUGUCAACUUGUCUCUCUGGAACCUCUGUAAAAUGAAUAUCCCCUGGCAAAUAUAUGCUCGACGCCAAGUCCGUCCGUUUCAUGGCACUCUACACUCUCCCUACGUCUUUCAACCUCCCGUCUACCACAGGGCCAAUGACCAACAGAUCAUCAUCGCCUUCCUUCACCUUCUCUUGGAUGUUGUUCCCCCUCCUAGC